AGCUCUUGGCUGUGCAGGACCCUGUGCCCCGCGUCCUCCUCCCACCAGAGAGCAUCCAAAUGGGGCAGAGUUUUCGGGAGCACCUUGGUCUGGCCCUCACCCUCCUUCUCCUGCCUCUGGGGGCUGCAGUAACCACAGAAGCUAAUCACAACUGCUAUGGGGCUCCAGGUCUACCAGGCAUGCCGGGCAUGCCAGGCAAGGACGGCCGGGAUGGGCUGAAGGGAGCCAAAGGCGAGCCAGGCAUCCCAGCCAUUGCUCGUACUGAAGGACCCAAGGGUAUGAAAGGGGAACCAGGCAGUCCCGGCUUGCCAGGCAAAACCGGCCCCAUUGGUCCACCUGGUCCUCGUGGAGACACGGGAGGGAUGGGCCCCCCUGGAGAGCCAGGUAUGACUGGCAGCUACAAGCAGAAGCACCAGUCAGCAUUUUCAGUGACAAGGCAGACAAGCAUGCACCCCCUGAAGAACGUCCCUGUGGUGUUCAACCACGCCAUCACCAACACGAACAAUGACUACAACACCACCACGGGCAAGUUCACUUGCAAGCUGCCUGGCCUCUACUACUUCGUCUUCCACACUUCACUGUCAGCCAACCUCUGUGUCCUGCUCUACAAGAACACAGUGAAGGUGGCCAGCUUCUGUGACCACAAGACCAAUACCAUGCAGGUCAGCUCGGGUGGGAUCCUCCUCCAUCUGGUAGGUGGGGACCAGGCCUGGCUGGAGGUGAACGAUUACAAUGGCAUGGUGGGCAUCAGUGGCUCCGACAGCAUCUUCUCAGGGUUCUUGCUCUUCCCGGACUAGAGGACAGCUAGAUCCCACCAUAGCGUGCCAAGCUGUUCUCCUUGCCCUCCAAAUGCUGUCRCGUCUCUGCUAACGCCUUCACCACUGCAAAGUUUGCCUGCUAGACUGGAAGACCCAAUGAGGACGCCAACCCCAGAAGCUGGCCACAGUAACUGGGCUGGGGACGGAGUGGGCUGAAUACUGAGAACAUUUGGCUACCUCUGUGCCCAUGGGGACACUACCAGACUCUUGAGGACCUGCUGACCCUGCCAAGCGGCCUGGAGCUGGCUGGCAGCAGGCGCUUUGCUGUGACCU